UCAUCUCCUCCUCCCAAAAUCUACUCCAAACCUCACAUCUCCCCAACCUCCGCCCAAGCCGCGAUCUCCGCCGCCCUUAAAUCCCAGCGACUCCGAAAAAACCGCGGAAGCUACAGCUGCGGCCGAUGCGGCCAGCCCAAGAAAGGCCACGUCUGCCACCUCCCUCCUCUCGACGUCCCCGCCACUCCGAUCGCUCCAGAACCACUCACCUCCGUCUCCGCCGCCGCGUCCUCCUCCACUCGUCCCCCCGCGCCGCCGCCGCGUCAGCCUUUCACUCACCUGCGCCGCGCACUAUCUUUCGACGAUGAUGAGGCUCGCGAUUCUCUGGAUCUGGAUUUGGAUGCGGAUGUUGUUCAGCCGGGGAGGUUUCACGCGGUGGGACUAUGGGAGGUGCUCAAGAGGCUGCCUCCUUCUGGGUUGCUGAUGGCGGCUAGGGUUUGUAGAGGGUGGAGAGAGACCGCGGGGAAGAUGUGGAAAUCUGCGGAGGAGCUGAGGAUUAGGGUUCCUAAGAGGGCUCAGAUUGGUUACGUUGGAUCGUUACUCCAAAAGUGUCCUGCACUCGUUAGACUCUCUCUUAAAAUCGAGAGUGAGUUCGACGCGACAACUCUGGCCUGCAUUGCGUUUUCUUGUCCGAAUCUGGAGGUCUUGGAGAUUUCAACUUCUGCUGCAGCUGUUAAUAGGAUCUCUGGGGAUGAGCUGGGUCGCUUUGUUUCUAAUAAACGUGGACUUAGAAGCCUUAGGAUGGAAGGAUGUUCCAGCUUAGGAGGAGUUGCCCUCACUUCAACAAGCCUCUCCACUCUUUGGCUUGCCGAUCUUCAUUCUCUCUCUAGGAUGAUCUUUAACUGUCCAAAUCUGAUAGAAAUAUCACUUGAAUUUUCUCUCCACGAAGAUGAUUCAACUGAUCUUGUAGCAAUGAUUGAUGGUUUGGGAAGGACCUGCACUAGAUUGCAGAACAUUCACAUAGCCUCUCUGAAGCUUUCACGCAGUUUUGUACUUGCUCUCACUGCUGUGAAUUUCAGGGAUUUGAGAAUGCUCUCUCUAGUUCUUGGGAUAGAUAUCACUGAUGCAUCUGUAGCCGCCAUUUCCUCAACUUACACAAAUCUCGAACUGCUUGAUCUGAGUGGUUCCAGCAUUACUGAUACUGGCCUUGGGAUGAUCUGCGAUGCCUUACCUGAUACACUCUCAAAAUUACUUGUUGCUGCCUGUCCCAACAUCACAUCAAGUGGCAUUCAGUUUGCUACUGCUCAACUACCUCUUCUUGAGCUAAUGGAUUGUGGCAUGACUGUGUCUGAUCCCACUUCAGAUAAUCCGACCAUUGAAGAGAAGAGUUCGACUCCGCAAAAAGCAUCAGGCUACAAUCAGAAGAUGUUUAUUAAACUUAAACGGUUGAAGAAACUCAGUUUAUGGGGAGGCUCCAGUUUGGACGCUUUGUUCCUAAACUGUCCAGAGCUCAAGGACUUGAAUUUGAACUUAUGCAGCAAUUUGCAGCCUGAGAGUUUGGUGCUCCAGUGUCCAAAGUUGGAACUUGUGUCCGCAUCAGGAUGUCAGAACCUAUUAAUAGGAGCUAUCCGAAAACAGGUUUCUGAGAACUUUGCGGCCGGUGAAAUCCAUAUGCCACUGAAACGCUUGGCUUAUGCGUCGAAACGGAUUCGGGCUCCACCUUCCUUGUACCAAGAGAGAAGAGAAGAUGAGAAUAAGAAGAAGAGAAGGAAGGUUGAGAGAGAAGUGUGCACCAUUAUACAUUAAUAAUGAACUCUCGAUCAAUAUUCAAUAAUACUCAUCUUGGGCUUCGUUCUUCUACCAACUCUGUUUAAAUGUACAUCUGAUUAGGUUGGGUACGUAUGUUGUUUAUUCCUAUG